AUGUACGCAAUGGCUAUGUGGAGCUGGACUUCUAAACAGACUGUCGUAUAUAUAGGAAUCCUACAGGCGGUUAAUGGAGCGGCCAGUGUACUCGUCUACGCUGGUUUUGUAAUAAAACUCGGAGACUACGUUUCAAAAGGCCGUGAACGCAUCUGGACGAUGAUCGGCUUAGCACUCGGUUUGUUAUAUCACGUCGUCACAUUCCCAUAUCCCUGGGGCCCAACAUUGAAAUUUACGCCAGCACAAAGUGAGUCGACACUGAUGGCAUCAUAA